AUGAACCGGCAGCUAGUGAACAUUUUGACAGCCCUGUUUGCAUUUUUCUUAGGGACAAACCACUUCAGGGAAGCAUUCUGCAAAGACCAUGACUCCAGGUCUGGGAAACAUCCCUCACAGACCCUGUCUCCAUCAGACUUCUUGGACAAAUUAAUGGGAAGGACAUCAGGAUAUGAUGCAAGAAUCAGGCCAAAUUUUAAAGGUCCUCCAGUAAACGUUACUUGCAAUAUUUUUAUCAACAGUUUUGGAUCAGUCACAGAAACCACCAUGGACUAUCGAGUGAAUAUUUUUCUGAGACAACAGUGGAAUGAUUCACGGCUGGCAUACAGUGAGUACCCUGAUGAUUCCCUGGAUUUGGAUCCAUCUAUGUUGGAUUCCAUUUGGAAACCAGAUUUGUUCUUUGCCAAUGAGAAAGGUGCCAAUUUCCAUGAUGUCACCACUGACAACAAGUUGCUGCGGAUUUCCAAAAAUGGCAAAGUGCUCUACAGUAUCAGGCUCACCUUGACUUUAUCUUGUCCCAUGGACCUCAAGAACUUUCCAAUGGAUGUUCAGACCUGUACAAUGCAGCUGGAGAGUUUUGGUUACACCAUGAAUGAUCUGAUAUUUGAGUGGUUAAGUGAUGGUCCAGUACAAGUUGCUGAAGGACUCACUCUGCCCCAGUUUAUUUUGAAAGAAGAGAAGGAGCUUGGCUACUGCACAAAACACUACAACACUGGCAAGUUUACCUGCAUUGAAGUCAAGUUUCACCUGGAACGCCAGAUGGGCUAUUAUUUGAUCCAGAUGUACAUCCCCAGCCUGUUGAUAGUCAUUUUGUCCUGGGUCUCCUUUUGGAUAAACAUGGAUGCAGCCCCUGCCAGGGUUGCCCUUGGCAUCACAACCGUCCUGACAAUGACUACCCAGAGUUCAGGUUCCAGGGCAUCUCUGCCAAAGGUCUCCUAUGUGAAGGCAAUUGACAUCUGGAUGGCGGUGUGCCUUCUGUUUGUGUUUGCUGCCUUACUGGAAUAUGCAGCAGUGAACUUCGUCUCCAGGCAACAUAAGGAGUUCCUUCGUCUGCGGAGACGACAGAAAAGGCAAAAUAAGGAAGAAGAUGUUACUCGUGAAAGUCGUUUUAACUUCAGUGGUUAUGGGAUGGGUCACUGCCUCCAAGUGAAAGAUGGCACAGCUGUCAAGGCUACACCUGCGAACCCACUUCCACAACCCCCAAAAGAUGCAGAUGCCAUCAAGAAGAAGUUUGUGGAUCGGGCAAAAAGGAUUGACACCAUAUCUCGAGCUGCCUUCCCACUGGCCUUCCUCAUUUUCAACAUCUUUUACUGGAUCACAUACAAGAUCAUUCGGCAUGAAGAUGUCCACAAGAAAUAG